AAUUCGGGUUGAUUCGUUGUUAAAUAGGACUAUUUCACCCAGUAUAAACUAAAACUUGUUUCAGCAUUUGAAUUUGAAAUACGUUCUAGUAAUGGAUCCAAAUAAGAAGAAAUCCAUUUCCUCCAAGCUUUCGGUGCUGUGCAGAACUUGUUUGAUGGCAGAAAACGAAUUGGAUCUGUAUCAAAUUGCUGAUAUAUUCCUGGAAGAGGACGAGAUUACCAGCCAGAUCCAGUCUUUCGAGGAGGUUCUUUGUUUGUUUAUCGACGAUGAGGUUGGCAAUCAAAAAGAUCGUCUUCCGAAAAGUAUCUGUAUGGCCUGUAUCGAAAAAGCUCGAUCUGCAUUCCAAUUUAUUGAGAUGUGUCGUCAAACGGAUGCUCUAUUGCAGGAGCUACUGAGGGGCCCGAAAAAUGAACAGAAGCCAGAAGAGACGGUAGUGGCUGAACUGGAUGUGAAAGUCCCUUUAGAAACCCAUACAGUAUUCACUGAAGAAAUCGAGAUGCAAAGUACGGAUGCAGAAGAGCCUAGUGAAAUUGAAACUAAGAAAGAAGUUCAGACCGGUGAUGAUAAUGGAGAAUCUACCGAGGAGGAAUCGAAGCCGGCAGUAGCAAAGCAAACAAAACGGCAUGUUUGUGAUGUUUGUUAUAAAACUUUUACGCAACCGCAGACCUUGAAUCGUCACAAGAAAAUUCACUCGAAGGAUAGCGAACCCGGGAAGUCGUGCAACUACUGCAGUCGUAUGUUCUUGCGUGCGGAUGAUUUACGUCGUCAUAUCCGAACGCAUACCAACGAACGACCAUAUGUAUGCGAGCUCUGUGCAAGGGCCUACAAGCAAUCCUUCGAACUGAAAGAGCACAAGGCAUCAGCACAUCCUGAGUCUGGCGUUCGAAAAGUGCACACGUGUUCAAUCUGUAAUAAGCAGUUAACAACUCGGAAUGGAUUGUAUGUACAUAUGAAGGCGCAUCGAGGAGAGAAAAAUCAUGUGUGCGCUUUUUGCGACAAACGGUUCGUCACUUCCGGAGAAUUAUCAUCCCACAUGAAGCAUGUUCAUACAAAUGAAAUCAACGCUGAGCAACUGCCUUGUGGCGUGGAAGGGUGCACGAAAAAAUUCGUUACAAAGGCUGCCCUGCGGCAUCAUCGCAUUACUAAGCAUGCAAUCAGUGAUGAAAGAGGAACAAAGUAAGGCCAAUCAUCGGUGCAGGCAAGGUAGGUACGCUGGUUGUUUCAAUAAAGAUGUCAUGUGCGGGAAAACUGUGUGCCAGAAAUAACGCUAACG